CAAGUGCAAAAUUGUGAAGCCUCAGUACUGCACAAACCAGCGAGGCGCGUACGCGUAUUGAAAGCAAAGCUGUUCCGUUACCGUUACGUUUUGUAGUAGACACACGAACACAUACCCGAACACAAACACACUAACAAUUCAAAAACACAUACAAACGAAUUUCUAAGACUAACGCGCCCGCGCAUUGUAGCAAUUUUCUUUAGGCUGAACACUGAACUCGCCGCUGCCAUCAACAACAACAACAGCGAAAGCAGCAACAAAUACUACAACAACAAUAAAUACAACGGGUCAAAUAGUCUGCACCAAUCAUUUUGGAUUUUUGAAAAGUGCACACAGAAAAAACAAUAAUUGAAAAUGCAGUACUCGACCAGCUCGGAAAAUUACUCAUCCUCGAUGAGAGAUACGCCUUCCAAAUGGAACGGACGUAACGACAAGAAUUAUGCGUACAAAAAGUCAUCGUAUCAAUAUUCAAGCUCUGGCGAUAACAAUGUAUCCUAUCAGAGCAAGGGCGCCGAUCAGAACAUCGAUCAGUUGGACGCCUUGCUUGAGGACCUGAAACAAGAACGUCAGCAUACGACAAGAGAGCGCGAAAUUCUACCCACUGGAACUACCUAUAGAACACUUGAACGUACCGAUCCAUCGGGCACGAUUACCAAGACCACGCGUGUUAUCAAGACCACGAAGCAUUCUGGUGGCCAGCAGCCCAUCAAUGAUGACGUCGAAACCUUCAAUCCAACCGACUAUAGCACACUGCAGUCCACGGCCAAGUACUCCAGCUUUCAGGACAACUUAAAGCGUGAUGAGUACCAGACCAACGAGAAGCCCUACACGCUCACCCACUCCCCUGGUGGUCAGUAUUCGAGUAAGACUAAAAUCUAUGAGAGCAAUCGUACGAUCAACAACAAUGUCGAACUGGUGCCAAGCAGCUUGAAUACCACGCAGACGUUGACCAGCAAUGUCAACAUUGACAAGGAGCUGCAGGACAUUGCAUUGAGCGAUGGCAUAUUGCCAGCACCUGGCACCAAGGUGACCACCACGGUGCGCACUUACACCUAUGAGAUACCAUCUACUGGUCCCGGCAGCGCCACCAGCACCAUCAAUCGCACCAGCAACAACAACACGCUGAGCAGCAGCUACAAACACCACGAAACGCUGAACUCCAACCAGAAUUAUACGCAGUUGUCGCCAUCGCAUGUGCCCCAAACGGUCGUCUAUAACACGGAGAGCUACUCGACACUCAACAAGCCCAACGAUCGUCCAUUGGUGAGCAAUCAGUCGUACGAGAUUCGCGAGCACAAGGAGACGACCACGCGCGGCUUAAGCCCACAGCCCCGCCAACUGCCGCUGGGACCCGCGGUCAGCCCGAAUGGCGUGCCGCCCAACUCUAGCCGCACUGUUAUCUACAAUAUACACAAAACAGAUAAUGUGAACACGGUGAACGAUUUGCGUUAUCCGCACAGUCCGGCCCAUAGUCCCAACUAUGGCUCGCCACACAGUCCUGGCCAGCCGCAGAUGCCGCCUGGUGGCACCAAUCGUUAUUACUUCAAGGAGACCGAGACUUCAAAUACCGUCAAUACCAUACACGGCCCACCCAACGGUGGCAUACCCUAUCCAUCGGAGCCUUCGCAUCCGGCUCCCCUCAAGCAGCUGCCCAGCUCAAACUAUCCACAGCCACAGACCGGCAAUGGGUAUCCACCGAACAAUACCACUUAUUCAUAUAAAUACUCCUCCACAACGAACACAAACAAUCGUCGAGGACCUGGUCCAGACUAUGGCUCGCCCUCACCCUUCCCCGUGGACGGCGUCGAGUAUCCCGUGGGCAACGGCAAUCCGCCACAGCGUGUGGACGAUCUAAUGCAAUCGUUUGGCACUACGGAUCACGUGGACCGCGUGGAUAUUGAGACGCCAGUGCGCAAACGCGAGAUUGAGACCGCCGUGGCUUCGCCACAGCAGCAGCAUGUACCCUCUGUGAACAAAGCUGGCAAGGAAGUCUACUAUCCACCUGGACACGACACUAUCAUAACCAGGCGCGAGGAGAUGCAUGCAGGUUCUGCGGGAGGCGGCCGCUGGGCUAAGGGAUCGGGCAUGUACGAGUACGAAUCGGGCUCGAAGUCAAAGACGAAAACCAAGUCGGGCGGCGCAGUUGUGCCCCUCUGCCUGCCCCUCUGCUGUGCCAUGCCCUGCUCCAUAAUGUGAGCAUCGUAUCGCAUCGCUUACAGUUGUAUAUAGGAUUCUCUAAUAUUGCCGUUAAUAAGUCUAACGCUAAUUCCUGCCCCCUGCGUACAGCUUGUCGUUGAUAUAUAUUUUUGUUUACCUAACCACUUAUCGGUUUUGCUUCUCCUCUGGAUGCUCUAAUUGUUGUAAUUUUGUUGACCAAAUUGAUAUAACUAUUAUAUUAUAAAUAUAUAUAUAUUUAUGUCCAGGCCUAUUGCCAAUUUGUAUUGGAUUUGGUAGUAGUUACCCCUAACCUAGUUUGCUCCCCAAAAUGAUUUGCUCACUAUCCAAAAGAGAAACACAAAAGCAUUUAUAUUACAACGUGACCAGUGAAAGCCCCGAGCAGGCCUCGAAAGGUCUGCAUAUUUUUAAGUUUUUAUUUGAAAGCCAAUUGUUUUAACUGUAUUUUGCAUACCAAACUAAUAAAUGAGCCACGGAAUUCAAUUCCCCACUCGCCAUACUUAUACACGUGUUUUCCCGCCCCGACCCUCGAAUAUUAUCUACUAAUCAUCGGCGGCCACUUAGCCGCCCAACAAAGUAAUAUGUAACCCAGACUUAAAUGGUAACAUAGUCGUUACAAAGCCAUAAAUAUUUUCUAAUACACGUACGCACUAAAGUGAAACAACAAAGUAACCUAAAUAAAAACGAAAUCUAACCAACGAA